AUGAUCCUCUUCGGCGCCGUCGAGGUCGUCUUCUCGCAGAUACCGGACUUCGACCAGAUAUGGUGGCUCUCCAUCGUCGCCGCCGCCAUGUCCUUCACCUACGCCACCAUCGGACUCGCGCUCGGGAUCGCGCAGACUGUCGCCAACGGCGGGUUCAAGGGCAGCCUCACCGGCGUCGGUGUCGGCGGCGGGGUCACGCCGAUGCAGAAGGUCUGGCGCAGCCUGCAGGCCUUCGGCAACAUCUCCUUCGCCUACUCCUACGCCUACAUCCUUAUCGAGAUACAGGCAAGCUAUCACCAACGAAGCCUAUGCCUACUUUGCUACGCCGCCUUCGGCGACGCGGCGCCGGACAACCUACUCACGGGGUUCGGCUUCUACGAGCCCUUCUGGCUCCUCGACAUCGCCAACGUCGCCAUCGUCGUGCACCUCGUCGGGGCCUACCAGGUCUUCUUCCAGCCGCUCUUCGCCUUCGUCGAGAAGUGGGCGGCGGCCACGUGGUCCGACAGCGCCUUCAUCACCCGGGAGCUCGGCGCCGUCGGCCCCUUCAAGCUCAGCGUGUUCCGCCUCACCUGGCGCACGGCGUUUGUCUGCCUCACCACCCUCGUCGCCAUGAUGCUCCCCUUCUUCGGCAACGUCGUGGGCCUGCUCGGCGCCGUCUCGUUCUGGCCGUUCAGCGUCUACUUCCCCGUCGAGAUGUACAUCGCGCAGCGCGGCGUGCGCAGGUGGAGCACGCGCUGGGUCUGUCUCCAGACGCUCAGCGCCGCGUGCCUCCUUGUCUCCGUCGCCGGCGCCGUAGGCUCCACGGCCGGCGUCAUAGACGCAGUCAAGUUGCACCGGCCGUUCAGUGGUGGCUGA